AUUAUUCGAACAUGUUUACACCGCGCCAGCCUCUUUCCUGAUCCUGUUUAAAGUUACAGGAUGUGUUAUCUUCUCUUCCUGCACCUGCUAUUGAUUCUACUCAGAGGAUUCCCAACAAUACCUAUUAUCAGAUACCAACAAGAAUGGACAGUCACCUUGCUAUGUCCAACAGGCGGAGAUUGAAGCGAAGAAAGGAACAAAAAUUGACGAUCCGUUCACCCAGCGGUCGACUCGGCCCACCAUGGUCACCCGUACCAAGGAACCUGACAUGCAGUCCUUGGAGAUGCUUAUCAAGGUGGAGAUGGAACAGAAAAUGAAACAAGAAGAAGAGAAGAGAAAAAAGGAAGAAGAGCUUAACAGAAAGAAGCAAGAUGAAGAGAAGAAGAAAGACGAAGAGCGGAAGAGAAUACAAGCUGAAGAUCUAUUCGCUGCUCAUGAUUUUGAUGUCAAGAUCGACUUGGAUGUGACGAUUCCUGGUAAUGCCUCAGCUCCUGUUGGUCCCAGACAAAACCUGGGGAGUGCAACAAAUGGGAGUUCAGUGAGUGCAGCUCCCAAGAGAUCUCUAAAUCUUGAAGAGUACAAGAAGAAAAAAAGCUUAAUAUGAAUAACUGUAGCUUAGGUUGAUAAAAUCUUCUGGUGACAAUUACAAGUGUAGAAUGACUCCACACAUGCCAAUACACACACACACACACACACACACACACACUUACUUAUUCCUUCAUCAACAAUAUUAAUUGUAAUUUUCAGCAUAAGAAAAAGUAACAUUGAUAUUUUAUUUUAAAUGCCAGACUUCUUUGAUUUAGGAUAAUUUCAACUCUAAUUUUUCUUUAUUAUUAUUAUUAUUGUUGUUAUUAUUAUUGUUGUUAUUAUUAUUAUUAUUAUUAUUAUUAUUAUUAUUAUUAUUAUUAUUAUUAUUAUUAUUAUUAUUAUUUUGUUUCUUUUCAUUUUUUCUUGCAUCUUAGUAAAUUUUCACUCACUCUAGUGGUACAAAUUUCAUAAAACCCAUGAAUGUUUUUUUUUCUCAAUGGGGAUCUUGUGCACCCCACAGGUGCAUAUUGUAUGUACAUGUCUGGGAGAAUAAUGAUGAUAAUGUGUACAA